AUGAAUGGCGGCGAUGAGCCUCCUACCAAACGGCCACGUUUAGAUGCUCAGCAAAGCGCCAUCACUAUAGCGAAGAGUAGUUUAGUGAUCAAGCGACGUACUCGUAUUCGUGCAGAUCCAGGUUCAUUUAAGCGAUUCAGAAUCGAGCGGUUUCUAAAGCUGCAUGCUGAACUCUCAGACCCGGGAAAGGCGCAAGCAUUGACAAUUUCCACGUUGUCGCGAUCGGAGUAUGGCCAGUACAAGUUUUUGAUCACGGGUGAUUUUGGUUCACCUUCACCGCACUUGGCCACUAUCUUUGAUGUGCUCAGCCAAAGUCGAGAUAGCCUUUCUAAUGAUGGUGCACUGUAUGUCUCAUUCAGCGCCCAUUUUGACCGAAUACAUGGAGAAGACCGCCUGUUGUUGCAUCUUGAUUUGAUGUGGAAUCAGGCGAAUAAUAUUUACAAUGGCCUGCGCAAUUCCAAACAGCGCAAGAUCUCCAGCGAGAUUCAAAGACAAUUUUUAUCAGAUCCAACACGGCCUCUGACUUCCGGCGUCUUGUCGCCACAGGCAUUUUACGGAGCAACCUCCAUGACGGAUGAAACUUAUACUGAUCUCGAAUCAGUAAACGUGCCCCGUCUCACUUCCAAUCUUUAUCCUUUUCAACGAAGGGCUUUGCAAUGGUUGCUGGCAAGAGAAGGCGUGCGAUGCGUCUCGACCGGCCAUGGAUCCGUUGAAGUUGAGGAUAUCCCGGAAACAUACCCCAGAGACCUUCCUUUGUCUUUUCGCAAAUUGGAUGAUGCGGGCGGCGGCACGUUCUACCACAGCGACCUGUAUCAUGUGGUUACCAGAGACAUCAGUCCUUGGCAUGAUCUAGACUCGUCACUCAAAGGCGGAAUUUUGGCAGAGGAGAUGGGUCUGGGCAAAACUGUCGAGACCAUCUCACUCAUCUUGCUUCAUCAACGGCCACCUCGGUCGCAGGGCACCAUCAAUCCUUACACAAACCAACCAGUCACAACGACAGGCGCGACACUCAUCGUAACACCGGAAACUCUGAGAAGGCAAUGGGUGAGCGAAGUCACAAAACACGCACCAGCCCUGCGUAUCAUGGUUUAUGAGGGACGGACGAAGUACAAAGAAACCGAGGAGGAACUCAUACGACAAAUGCAGGACAACGACGUUGUAGUAACAACCUACAAUGUUCUGCGGACCGAAGUCCACUUCGCAAGGCCUGAGCCGGAUCGUUCAAGGAGAUAUGAAAGGUCUCAUUCUCGGGCUUCUUCGCCACUAGUGAAGUUAUCGUGGUGGAGAGUGUGCCUCGAUGAGGCACAACAAAUCGACAGCGGCGUCAGCGCUGCUGCUGAAGUUGCAAGACUAAUUCCGAGGGUCAAUGCUUGGGGUAUCACUGGUACACCGGUCAAAGAGAAAAUCAAGGAUCUUUGGGGCCUUUUACUCUUCCUGCGUUACGAGCCGUUUGCUUCUUAUCCCCUGAUCUGGGAUAAACUUGCAUCAACGCACCAACAUCUUUUCCGAGAGUUGUUUAACAAGCUGGCGUUGCGGCACACAAAGCAUGCGGUUCGACACGAACUUGCUCUUCCCCCGCAGAAGCGCUACGUAAUCACGAUGCCAUUCACAGCCGUUGAAGAACAAAACUAUCGCAGCAGGUUCAAACAAGAGGUAGAGGCUCUGGGAUUGGAUACUAGUGGCCUGCCACUCAUCUCUGCAGAGUGGGAUUCAAAUACACCUUCCACCAUAGACUCCAUGAGGCGCGCUUUGGCCUCUCUGAGGCAGACUGUACUUCAUCCACAGCUGGGGCCUGAGCGAGUUCGUGCAUUAGGUCACAUCAACAAAGCUCUCAAAACCAUCGAUGAAGUCCUUGAUGCUAUGAUUGAGCAGACCGACACUAUUAUCAAAACACAUCAACGUGCUUUCCUAAUUGUCAAGCUGAGAAGAGGUCAGUUGCUGGAGAACUCUCCCAGGGUUCGCGAGGCCCUCGCGAUCUGGCAAGAAGUGCUUCAAGAUAUUGAGAUUCUUGAAACAGAAUGCCGAGAGCAACUCCGCGUUGAGACUGAGAAUGCUACACGCACUGGUGUUGAUGACCAGCCAGUAUUCCAUGAUGAGGGUGGUUUUGAAGAUGGUGUAGAUGAGGAGGUUGUGCCCCCUCGGCUGGGUGAAGCGCGCCGAAGGCUUCGUAGCGCACUUGAUUUGAAACACCGAGCUGUGUUUUUCAUUGCCAGUGCUUAUUUCCAAAUCAAGUGUAAUGAUGAUAUGACCGAGCCGGAGUCCGACGAGUUCAAGCGCCUAGAGCAGCUCGAAAUUGAGGGCUACGAAGAAGCCAAUCAGAUCAGAAAGGAGAUCCUUCAGGAGGUGCACAGUAAAGCAUCCUUCUAUAUGGCAGAAUUGUCAAAACGAGCCGACAAUCAGGACUUUAGUGAAAUUCCCGAAUUUCAAUGUCAACUCAGAGCUGGGAUCGAAACCAGUCGUCACCUCGAAGAAUAUGAACAACUAAGUGGCAUACUGAAUGAACAGGCCAACAUGAUUGAUGAGUGGCGAGAGCAGGUUGUACAACUACUACUCAAGCCGCUGGUUGACCAGGAAGAAGAUGAGAUUACUGGUGAAGAAUACGAAAGUUCCACGAAAAUUCAGGACGAACUGAUGGUUUACACAACUAUACUUCGAGCUGCCAUUUCUGAUCGACAAGAUGCCCUUAGCGGACUUGUGAACGAACGCACCAAGCAUGAAAUGAAUUCCUACAAGCAACAAGCUAAAAUUGGCGAAGGUGCGUUUCCAGAGAAGUUCUUGGAGCUUUUGGAAGUCCGUGAGCAGGUGAAACCUCGUGAGCAAGUGAAACCCAGUGACCUGCCUAGUUCACUACGAGCAGUCACGGUGAAUCUCAGGGAACUGGCAACCAAAUUGCAGGCCAAUAACAGAGAUCGGGCUGACGCUGAACUACAAAUUGUCCGUGGAUUACAAUCGCUAAUCCACGACGAUACUCUUAAGCAAACAAAGACCAAUACAGAGUUGGAAAAGGAACUUCACCUUUUCACUUCUGCUAUGAACGCUCGAGUGGAAUACUACCGACAGCUUCAAGCCGUCUCCGACACAGUAGCUAUAUGGGACCGCGAAGAGGACGAGGACGACGAUGCGCUCAUGAGAGGUCUCAUGGAUGAGCAGGUCAGAUGCAAGCAAAAGAUGGAAGCUGCAAUUGCGACACAGCGGUAUCAAGUCCAUCUAAAAGCCCAAGGGGAUGUGGCUGGCAAAAAGACAUGUCCCAUUUGCACGGAUAGCUAUACUAUCGGUGUACUCACCCCCUGUACGCAUGAGUUCUGCAAAGAUUGCAUCAAGACCUGGGUUGCUGCCCAUCAUAAAUGCCCACUUUGCAAGAAGCCAAUCACCAUGGCUAGUUGCCACGAGAUUGUCAUCAAAGAGUCGAAACUCAAGCUUCGUCAAGACAAACAACAGUCGGCGCCGACUAACGACCCGCAAUCGCCAGAGUCACCUCAUAAAACUCACGCAAGAGGUAUUUACACAGAUUUCAGUGAGGACAAGUUGAAAGAAAUUAACGACGUCCCAUUGGAUGGCCCUACGCUCCCAACCAAAGUCAACGCGAUUGUCUGCCAUCUUCUUUGGCUGCGUAGGACCGACGCCGGUGCAAAAUCAGUAAUCUUUUCGCAAUUUGGUGCAUUCCUGGAAAUCCUGAAACGAGCCUUUGACCGCUACAACAUUGGGUUCUCUUCUUUUGCUACUAAGAAUGGUAUCACCCGCUUUAAAGAGGACCCAGCGAUCGAGUGCUUCCUCAUGGAUGCAAGAUCACAUGCCAGCGGUCUGAAUCUUGUUAACGCCAACCAUGUUUUUCUUUGCGAGCCUGUGCUUAAUACAGCGCUGGAGUUGCAGGCUAUUGCCCGUGUGGACCGAAUCGGUCAAAAAUAUGAGACCAACGUGUGGUUAUAUCUUGUGGAAGGGACAGUAGAAGAGUCGAUCUACAAUCUCUCCACGAAGCGCAGAAUAGAGCAUAUGACAACAACUACGAAGGGCAAAGACAAAGAGUCAUUUACCCCUUUGAUAUCCGAGGACAACCUGGAAGUUGCCAACUCGAUGGAAUUACAACAAGCGAAUCUGCUCAAGCUCAUGAAUAAAGAUGCCAGACUUGGUGAAGUUGUCGACAAGGGUGAUCUCUGGGAAUGCCUCUUUGGCCAUGUCGUUGCGCAGAGUGAUGCUGAGCAGAUUGAACUAUCGUCCGAUCCAAGAUUCGAGGACCGUGCUGUCAAAGGCUUCCUGGCUGGACAAGCUGCCGAGGAACGCCGUGAGGCGCAGGAAAGGUUUCUGGAUGAAAAAGAGCAACAAGCAGCCUUGAACGCAGGGCAGCAAGAAGAUACAGAAGACGAAAACGAUGGCAUGGAGACGCUUGAAGGUUGA